AUGGGAAAGCAGAACAGCAAACUGCGACCCGAGGUUCUACAAGAUCUACGGGAAAACACAGAAUUCACCGACCAUGAGCUGCAGGAGUGGUACAAGGGCUUUCUGAAGGAUUGCCCCACCGGACAUCUCACCGUAGAAGAGUUCAAGAAGAUCUAUGCGAACUUCUUUCCCUACGGUGAUGCCUCCAAGUUUGCAGAGCAUGUAUUUCGUACCUUUGACACAAACGGAGAUGGGACGAUUGACUUUCGGGAAUUUAUAAUUGCGUUAAGUGUCACAUCUCGGGGGAAACUAGAACAGAAGCUGAAGUGGGCAUUUAGUAUGUACGACUUAGAUGGAAAUGGAUAUAUAAGUCGUGGAGAGAUGUUAGAAAUUGUUCAGGCAAUAUACAAGAUGGUGUCAUCUGUGAUGAAAAUGCCAGAAGACGAAUCUACACCAGAGAAGAGAACAGACAAAAUCUUUAAGCAGAUGGACACAAAUAAUGAUGGUAAACUUUCCCUUGAAGAAUUUAUUAAAGGUGCCAAGAGCGAUCCCUCAAUCGUGCGAUUGUUACAAUGUGACCCAAGCAGCACAAGCCAGUUCUAA